AUGGCACCUGUCCAAGUUGACAAAGUCACACGCUCUGGAAAAGGUAAAAUAAAAUUACGAAAACCGGCUGUGGAAAAGAAGCGCAGAGACCGCAUCAACAGCAGUAUCGAGCAGCUGAAAGCUCUGUUGGAGAAGGAGCUGCAAGCUCUGCAGCCCACCUCCAAGCUGGAGAAAGCGAUCAUCCUGGAGACCGCCGUGGGCUUCCUCAGAGGGACCGCGGCGCCCGCUUUCUCCGGCUCCACUUCUGGUUCAGCUGUCUGUCAGAGUUACGCGGAGGGCUUCGCCCGGUGCCUGCAGGAGACACUGCGUUUCCUGUCCGCGUACAACCAGCGGACGCGCUGCCGGCAGGCGCUCGUAAAUCACGGCACGGCCGCCACGUGUGCCGGACGCAGCGGCGCACCGCGACGCGUCGGAGGGCAGGCGCACUGGAGACCCUGGUGA